AUGUCGUGGAAAAGACUACCGUGGCGACCAGUAGUUGCUGGUAUAACAAGCACAGCAAUUGUUUCAUACGUUGCCUACAAAUACGGUCGAUACGAAGUAUUGAGAAGCCCGCCAUUGCACUUGUUUCCCAAUUCAUCAACAACAAAAUUGACUUCACUUGAGUCACCAAAGUAUUGCCAAGAUAUAUCUCGAGUGAUUUCUGAAAUUACGAAAUUAGAGAUAGAGGUUGUCAAUAGUAAACCUGAAAUUGAUCAUCAUACCGGGAACGAAUUUACCACGCAUAAACCAUUGGAGAAUGAAGUUCCACUUUAUGUUGUUUACCCAAAGACGACAGAGGAAGUGUCACAAGUGCUAAAGAUUUGCAAUAGAGAGCGUGUACCGGUGGUUCCAUUUUCGGGAGGUAGCAGUAUUGAAGGUAACUUUCACUCCACUCGUAAGGGUGUUGUGGUUAACACAUCGCGAAUGAAUCAAGUGUUAGCAGUCAACGAUAACGAUUUAGAUGUGGUCGUUCAAUGUGGG